AAUAACCAAAUCCCUAGCAAAAAGGGGAAUUAAAAAAACAAAAAGAGAGAAGAAAAAAGAAGUACUUUCUUUUGAAACAGCCGCCGUUGAGGCUGUUUUAUAGUGACUCUUUGCCAUGUUCUAUACCAUUUUCACAAAUUUUCUAACCAUCAGUCGCUUCCAAGUCCCUUGAUUUUCCUUUAAAUUGCUCAAAAAUCUCACCCAUUGAUAGCAAAGAUCACCAUGGUUCUUCCCAAGGAGAUUCCGAGCUCUGCAGAGGAAUACUUGGAUUCUCAGAUUCAUAGCAAGCUCCCAAUUUCAUCUAUUCUCAUCAUAAUCGCUAUGCAGACCGAAGCGCUUCCUUUGGUUGAGAAGUUUCAGCUUUCCGAAGAUCAAAAAUCUGUGUUUCCAAAGGAGGUUCCGUGGGUUCGUUAUCAUGGGAUUUAUAGAAAUCUUCAAAUCAAUUUAAUUUGGCCUGGAAAGGAUUCAGCCUUGGGUGUUGAUAGUGUGGGCACAAUUUCCGCAUCGCUUGUAACCUAUGCUUCUAUCCAAGCAUUGCACCCAGACCUGAUCAUAAAUGCAGGCACUGCUGGUGCUUUUAAGGCGAAAGGAGCUAGCAUUGGUGAUGUGUUUCUGGUAUCCGAAUGUGCCUUCCAUGACAGACGUAUACCUAUUCCGGUUUUCGAUUUAUAUGGAGUCGGAUUGAAGCAAGCACUGAAAACACCCAAUCUCCAUAAGGAACUCGACUUCAAGGUCGGAAAAUUGUCAACUGGUGACUCGCUGGACAUGUCUAUGCAGGAUGAAGCAUCGAUUUUAGCAAACGAUGCCACAGUUAAAGAUAUGGAGGGAGCAGCAGUAGCCUAUGUGGCAGAUAUGUUCAAAGUUCCAGCAAUAUUUGUAAAAGCUGUUACCGAUAUCGUGGAUGGCGAAAAACCAACUGCAGAAGAAUUCUUGCAGAAUUUAGCUACAGUUUCUGCUGCACUGGAUCAAGCAGUUACACAAGUUAUAGAUUUCAUCAGUGGAAAGUGCAUUCAUGAACUUUGAUAUUGAUUGGGAACAUUGUGAUGUACCGGAGUCAAAUAAUACCUAAGCUAGCAUAUAUACUUUUGGAAAUCAUAUCAUGUACUCUGUUUUAUUGCAUGUUAAAUGAUGUUUCGGCCAGCCCGAGCAAACAAAUCGAUGUAGCAAGCGAGAUUUGCUUCUCUUUAUAAAAGCUCUCUUGCACAGCAUAUUUUGCAAUGUGACUGUGAUAAAAAG